GCCGCCGCUCGCCAAGGAAGUAGGCAGGGUGUCAUGGCGAGCUCUGCCGCCGCCUCUGUGCGACCGCCGAGGCCCAAGAAAGAGCCGCAAGCGCUCGUCAUCCCCAAGAAUGCGGCGGAGGAGCAGAAGCUCAAGCUGGAGCGGCUCAUGAAGAACCCGGACAAAGCAGUUCCAAUUCCAGAAAAAAUGACUGAAUGGGCACCUCGACCUCCACCAGAAUUUGUCCGAGAUGUAAUGGGUUCAAGUGCAGGGGCCGGCAGUGGAGAGUUCCAUGUGUACAGGCAUCUGCGCCGGAGAGAGUACCAGCGACAGGACUACAUGGAUGCCAUGGCUGAGAAGCAAAAGUUGGAUGCAGAGUUUCAGAAGAGACUGGAAAGGAAUAAAAUUGCUGCAGAGGAGCAAACUGCAAAGCGUCGAAAAAAGCGCCAGAAGUUAAAAGAGAAGAAAUUAUUGGCAAAGAAGAUGAAACUUGAACAGAAGACACAAGAAGAAGGAUCCAGUCAGUCCCAGGAACAGCCGUCCAGUAGCUCUGAGGAGGCGUCAGGAGCAGAGGAGGAGGAGGACGAGCCCAGCUUCAUCAUGGGGCGAUGACGAUGUUUGCCACAGCGGCUCUCUGGACCCUGGCCCACUCUGUGACCAGGACCUCAGAAAACCCUCCAAACGACCCAAGGGGAAGGGGGGCUGUUUCAACUCAGUUUCCCUCCCAAGCCCUCGCUGGAUAGAAGCAAGUGGGAACCCAUCCUGACUGCUCACAGCCCCCCUGGCGGCAGGACUCGGAGCCUGCGGGAGAGAGACGACAGUCUCCUGGACGCUCAAGGGCACUGCAAAGCAGAGUUCAUUCACGUUCCCACCAAAAGGGGAAAAUGUAGCCUUCUGCCCCUGGUGCCUGUGCUUGUAUUUGGACAGUGAUAAGUUUUGGGCUGGUUUCUGUGAAGGGCAUGUUUAUUUAGUAAAGAACAGAAAAAGUUAAGGUUUUGUUCAGACCUCUGUGACGUCGAUUACAGAAGAAGGCUGUGAAGUGACAUGAUAGAGAUGGGGCCUCGAGAUUUCCUGGUACAUGGACCUGAUCCCAGACUCGUUGAAGGAAAUGGCUUUCGCUCUGGGGCUAACUCACAUUGCAGGGCGCCUGGUCUCCAUGUCCUUCAGCUGAGAGUGCAGACUGCACCCCAGAAUAUGUGCUCCUGCCUAGCAGCUCCCAGUACACAGGUGUGUGUUGGGAAGCCCCCGGCAUGUGCAGAGGGAGAUAUGGGACUUAACCAGGGGGCUGGGCCAUAAGAGGGGAAACUUGAUGUGUGAAAAGAGCUUUUGGAAAAACAAUUGGAGACUAGAAAAUCCAGGCUGGGCUGAACCACAGUAGAGGGUAUGUGGAAUCCUGGCUGAGCGGGAAGGACGGGGAUGGACUGGCCAAAAGCUGCAUUUUCAUCCUGAGGUCAGAGGGGAUUUAAACAGAAAAUGGGAGGUGACCAAGGGCAGCCUUUCAGGCCAACAGGAGCAACAGAGAUGGUUUCUAAUUAGAGCCUUUGCUCACUUUUUGGAUUGUUUAUCUCCAAGUUUCUAAAUAUAUUUUAUGCCUUUUAUGGAAUUUGAUGGGAUUAAGGACAGUGGUUUUGAGUGAAGGGAAACUAAGAAGCAUUUUACGUGUCUUUUCACUUUUGCUGUAUUGAUUUCCCUGGCCCUGCCCUCAGCCAUGUGACAUCUGGGGUCACUGCUGUCCCUUCAGCAGUUCAAGUGACAGCUUCUCUGCCAGGAAGCUGAAAUGGAAAGUCAGCCCUAAUAAAUUAGCACACACCCUGGG